AUGACCGACUACGAGCGCAAGCAGACAUGGGAUCGUCCAUCGGACGCGCUCGCCCUUCCGCACGUCGUCAAGACGAUUGCGAUGUGCUUGGACAACCAGAAGGACUUUAGCAGCUUCCUUCACGCGGUACCACGGUCGCUCUGGACGCCGGCGCUCUCGGCCUUUCUCGACUGCAGGACGACAACGCCGCCUUCGGUCCGCGCCAACUGGCCGCACAUCAGGCUGCGCGACAUGGACUUGUCGCCUUCAGUAUUGGCGCUGCUUGCGGUGACGCUGCCGCUGCGUCCACGCAUUGAGAUCAAGUGUCCGAUCCGGGACGCAGCGCAACUGGCCUCGCUCGUCGCCGUCCUCGGCCCUGCGCUCCGCAGCGUCCGUCUUCAUUUUCUCGGCCACUUCGUGGUCGAUCGCCAAGUCCACGCGAUCUCGAGUCUCCUCUUGCAGCGCUGCCCGCGUCUGCACCAAGUGUCGAUCCGCGUGGGGACUUACCGGGCGACCGAGGUAGCCGAGCUUAACGGCCUGCUCGUUGUCGUCGCCCACCCGCAUGUCCACGACUUGUCUCUCAGCCUUUUCAGCCUGCAGCGCGCGACCACUGUACCGCGACUCGGCCAUCUCUUGGCUUCUUGGCUCUCGACGGCGCCAGCGACGAAGCUCCGAUUGGUCUGUGACGCGGCAAUGGACGACGAUGCCAUGAUGGCCUUUUGCGAUGCGCUGCAAGCCAACACAACCCUCCAAAAGCUCACCAUCGGCCACGUCCCGAGCCUCAAUGGCUUCCACGGCCGCACGCUUCCAGUGUCGUUGAAGCGCUUGAAAUGGAAUGUGGACUCGAACGAGGUUGUCGACGCCGCAACGCUGACGGACCUUGCGACCGCCGUCGGGGCCACGCAGCUCGAGCGUCUCGAGUGCAACGUCUUUGGUUCGCUGGCGACAUGUCCAGCCGCGGCGCCGAUGCUAUCGCAACUGCAGUCGCUCACCGUCCAUAAACUGGGCAUUGGCACCAUGGAGGCAUUGAUCGCGGGCUUGUCGUCGGUCCCGGCGCUGACGUCUCUUGAUCUUCGCAAUUGCGACCUUUCGACCUCGGUGGAGCAGCUCCUGGUGACGCUUGCGACGACGUGCAUGCAUCUCGAGACGCUCCGAGUCAGCAAUCAGCAGUUGACGCACGAUGGGGCCACCGCCGUUCUUUCGGGCGUAUUGCAAUUGCCACGCUUGACGACGCUGAGCCUUUGUACGCGUCUGCUGGAUGCGUUGCAUGUGCUUCCAGAACUCGUAGCUGCGGGUCGCCAUCUUCGCCUCCUCUCCUUGAUGGCCAUCGGGCGCGAAAACUACAAAAUGGAAAAACGCGCGAUCUACCAAGCGCUGGCACAGACCCCCGACGUCCCAUUUGUGGUCGACAUGCUGCCAGAGGACAUGGAUGGAUCCGUCGUCGACGCGCUUCGUCGAAGCGCCGACCGGUCCAGCCGUUGCUGGUUGUCUCUCUAA